GUGUAGUAUCUGGGAAGUUCAGUUGUGAUUUCUUAAGCAGAAGCUGAAACCAAACGUGUUCUACAAUGUUGCUAUCGAGACAGCUUAUUUGCAGAAAUGCAUCGGCCAAAGGAAAUCAAAGAAAGGUCAUAGCAUCCUACGCUAGUUCUGCAGUAUCGGAAAGAACCGCUCAAAAAUCGUUUCGUAAUGUUCUCCAAACUCAGCUGGAUGACAUUCAAAAAGCUGGAACAUACAAAAAGGAACGCAUCAUCGUUUCACCCCAGGCCACGACCAUCAACGUGGAAGGUUCCCAGGGAAAAAUUCUCAACUUUUGUGCUAACAAUUACCUUGGACUGGCGUCCAACGACGAUGUAGUCAACUGCGGCAAGAAAGCACUAGACGAGUAUGGAGCUGGCCUCAGUUCUGUUCGGUUCAUCUGCGGCACACAAAACAUUCACAAGGAGCUAGAAGCGAAACUGUCCACGUUUCACCAGCGCGAGGAUACUAUCCUGUAUGCGUCCUGUUUCGAUGCUAACGCUGGUAUUUUUGAAGCUGUGCUUAGCCCUGAAGAUGCGGUUUUUUCGGACGAACUGAAUCAUGCUUCCAUCAUCGAUGGUAUUCGAUUGUGUAAAGCCAAGAAAGCUAGAUAUCUUCAUCGAGAUAUGAACGAUCUGGAAGAGAAACUGAAAUCCUCGGACGCUAGAAUCAAAAUGAUUGUAACGGACGGUGUCUUUUCGAUGGAUGGCAACGUGGCACCACUGCCAGAGAUAUUCGAGUUAGCAGAUAAGUACGACGCCCUGACGUUUGUAGACGAUUGCCACGCAACUGGGUUUUUUGGACCUUCCGGUCGAGGAACUGAGGAGUUCUAUGGAAUGUUGGGUAGAUGCGACAUCAUUAAUUCGACGCUAGGAAAAGCCCUCGGAGGGGCAGCCGGAGGCUACACUACCGGACCGAAAGAAUUAAUCGAUUUAUUGCGGCAGCGAUCUCGUCCGUAUUUGUUUUCCAAUUCGCUGCCUCCACCAGUGGUCGCCAGCGGUAUGCAAGUUAUCGAGAUGCUACUAAAAUCCAACCAGCUAACUGCACGUGUUCAGAGCAACACUAGAAGGUUCCGAGCAGCUAUGACUAAGGCAGGAUUUACUAUCUCCGGUAUGGAUCAUCCCAUCAGUCCAGUAAUGCUUGGCGAUGCUCGACUUGCUUCGGUGUUCGCGGACGAAAUGCUCAAGCGAGGCAUUUAUGUGAUUGGAUUCAGUUAUCCAGUAGUCCCGAAGGGCAAAGCUCGGAUUCGUGUACAGCUUUCUGCGGCACAUACUGAUGAAGAAAUAGACCGAGCUGUAGCGGCCUUUAUUGAAGUUGGAAAACAAUUGAGUGUGAUCUAA